AUGGGCAAGUCUCUGGGAUUCUUUGGCAAUCAUGGUGUUGCUUUCGUCGUAAUGGUUUGUGUUGUGAAGAAGAUGCGGCCGAAGCUGUUUGUUCACGAGAACACACGGGCAUUCGAUGUAUCUAUAUUGUCUGACCUCCUGCCUGAGUACCACUUGCAUCAUUGGUACAUGAAGCCGGAAGAGUUCGGCUGUCCAGCCUCUCGUACGAGAUCAUACAGUGCUCUGGUUCGUGGAGAUCAUGACCUAGUCCAUGGGAUGGAACAUUUCUUCCGCAUGUCCACAUUGACAAGUGACGAGCUUGACUGUGGUUCAUUUCUCAUUGCCCCUGAAGCUGAGGUCGAGGAAAUGAAGGCUUCUAUGGCCGCACGCUCGUGCAGGGGAACUGAUGAGAGAUUCGAGGACUUGCUGCCGGUCGCGGCCAGCUGCAACCUCCGCAAAUUCAAGACCAACGAUGAGAUUGCCCGUGUUUUGAGAACCCAAUGUCAUGAAGUUGCAAUGAAUCUCGAUCAGGACUGCGACGUGCAAGCUCACGCUGGCAAGCGAUUGCCAUGCAUACUUGCGUCCACUAACUACAUGUGGGCGGCGCUUCGAGCGAGACCUUUCACGGGGAAGGAUCCAUGCUGUGUUGCAAAACCUGCAGUGAAGUCUUCACAUGGUGUGAUUUCCUAA